AUGCAAUUAGUUCGCAAUCAUGAUAUCAAAGCACAACAUUACUCAACAUCAACCAACGCUGCUCCAGCUUACUGCACCAAGUCUCCAAAGUACUACACCACCAAGGCUUCAGAGUACUACACCACCGAGUAUACUGUCCCAGCCUACUACACCGAUGCUUCAGCUUAUUUCAAUGACAAAGCGGUCGAGUACUACACCGAACCACACAAGUACUACUCUGGCCCGAAGUACACAACCACAGCUGAGGCGGUCAAGUACUACGUAGCCCAGACUUACAACACAGCAGCUGCUCCUUCGUACUACGUUGAACCGAAUGAUUACACCGAGGCUCCAGUUUACUACACAACCUACGCUACACCUAGAUACUAUGACGAAGUCCCCAACUACUUCACCGAAGAGGCCACAUAUUACACAACCAGGUACACUGCCCCAGUUUACUACACUGAGGAACCCAAGUACUACUCUGCUCCAAGCUACUACAAAACUGAGGCUCCUGUUUACUACACCAAGCCACCGAGUAUUAGAACCAAAUGCCUCAAAAAUAACUGCUCCGAGUUACACCACCAAGGCAGCGGAGUACUACACCACCAAGGCAGCGGAGUACUACACCACCAAGGCAGCGGAGUACUACACCACAGCAGCUGGUAAUUCGUACUACGUUGUACCGGAAUGCUAAACCGAGGCUCCAUUUUACUACACUACAACCUGCGCUUCUCCCAGUUACUACACCACCGAAGGCAACUGCGUAUUACAUCACUUCUUACGCUGCUACCACCUACUACACCGAAGCUCCGAAGUUUUACUCUGUGCUGAGUUACCACACCAUUAAGGAAGCCGAACAUUACACCACAAACGCUUCCGCAACUUACAACAUGGAGAUUUCUAAAUGCUAGAUCCGGAAUUUCUAUUUGAUUUUAUUUAGAUAUGUCGGUUGUCUUCAUGGUUAUUGGUCAUUGAGAAUUAAAAUUGUUGAUUGAGGAAAUAAAAUUUCUAAUGCCGGUAA